UGUAUUCUCGCGAGACUUUCUGCGAGAGUUUGAGUACACAGCAAAAAUCAUGCCUGUCGAAAAUUUAGAAGAAGAGGGUUUGCCUAAAAACCCGAACCUUGAUCUUUCUCAGUGGAAAUUUUACCUUUCCCUGGAAGAACAUAAGAAUGAUAAGGCUGUUAAGAAACAGCUUGUGGACGCCAUCAUCGAAAACAACAUGGCGCCGUUCUACCUGGAGACAUGUGAGGAGCUUGGCUGGACGGUGGACACGGCGCUCCACAGUAGGAUGAAGCAGGCCAAUGAACAGGAGCUGAAGAGACUGGACGACGUGCUGGCAGACGCUGAGGCCAACCUGGGGGAGUCGGAGAUCAAGGACGCUCUGCUGGCCAAGGCAGAGUACCUCUGUAAGAUUGGUGACAAGGAGAACUGCCUGACAGCAUUCCGUAAGACAUUUGAGAAGACAGUAGGCAUGGGGAACCGCCUGGACGUCAUCUUCUACCAGAUCCGCAUCGGCCUGUUCUACAUGGACCACGACCUCAUCACCAGGAACAUAGACAAGGCAAAAAGUCUGAUAGAGCAGGGUGGAGACUGGGACCGGAGAAACCGUCUGAAGGUGUACCAGGGUCUGUACUGCAUGUCCAUCCGGGACUUCAAGAAGGCGGCAGGACUCUUCCUGGACACGGUGUCCACCUUCACAUCGUACGAACUCAUGGGGUACAAGGAGUUUGUCACCUACACCGUCAUGAUCAGUAUGAUCGCGCUGGACAGGCCACAACUCCGGGAAAAGGUGAUCAAAGGUGCAGAAAUCCUGGAGGUUCUCCAUGGUCUGCCCCAGCUGAGAGAAUACCUCUUCUCUCUGUAUGACUGUCACUACGCCAGCUUCUUCAAGGCACUAAGUUGGGUGGAGGAGAAGAUCAAGGUAGACCGUUGGUUACACCUGCACUACCGGUACUACGUGCGUGAGAUGCGUAUCCUGGCGUACUCCCAGCUCCUGGAGUCAUACCGCAGUCUCACCCUACAGUACAUGGCCACAGCCUUCGGUGUCACUGUCGAAUUUGUAGACCAGGAGCUGUCUCGAUUCAUAGCAGCCGGCCGCCUGCACUGCAAGAUAGACAAAGUAGGGGGCAUCGUUGAGACAAAUAGGCCUGACAGCAAGAAUUGGCAGUAUCAGGAGACCAUCAAGAAGGGAGAUCUGCUGCUGAACAGAGUCCAGAAACUGAGUCGAGUCAUCAACAUCUGAGCAGCGGCCGCUAUGAGUCAUCCGGGGGUCAACCAGGGGACACGACACCUCCAUCACCCCACUUAGCCUCCGCUGAUAUGCAUCUCUCUAGUUGGCCGGGUUUAGCUGGAAGGGGCAUGUGUUUUACCUACAUGUUUUCCCACACCACGCCUAUCUCUCACAUGUCAUGUUAAUCUGUACCGCCCCGGGGACGGGAACAGUUCACCACUCGACAGUUCUGCCUGCGAGCGAGCAAACUGUUUCCUUCUGUCGUUCACAAGUCUCUCUCUCGUUCAUUUGCAACCAUAUGUUCAGUAUCCUUACUAUUAUCUCAGAUCUUGUAACAAUUAGAAUGUUUUCUUACUUGGACAGAAAUGAAAUGGUAAAAAAUGAAGCAACAACAUGGGUAGAAAUUAAACAUCAAGUUUCUUUA